UUUACUACAGCCGCUGUUAGUUAGUUAUUUGUAUGCGUCGUCGCGCGUUUUCCCACUGAGGCAACUGCAACGCGAAGUUGCAGCAACAGCAGAGGCAGCAGCAGCAGCAAUUGUUGCAGCAACAGUCGCAGCAACUGUUGCAGCAACGGCAACAGCAGCAACACAUCCUUCCUAAGCGUGCGCGCGCGCGUUUUAAAACGCGCGCAAAAAUCGCCUCGCGUUUUGGCGAUUCUAUUCUAUUCUCUUCGGUUUCCUUUUUUUUUUUUGCAUUUGCCGUUUGAGAUUUGUGCAUGUUCUUGGUGAAUUUGCUGCUGUUUCAGUCGCUAUCGCGAUCUUCUCAAGGCUGCACGCGUUUUCUGCUGACGCCGCCGUUUGCGUCGCUGUCGCGUCGUCAUCGCGUCUGCGUCGCGUCUACGUGUUCAAAGGCAGAAAUUCCUUUCAGUUCGUGCCGUUCGCCUUCAUAAUUCCCCCUAAUUAUCCGCCGCACUCUUAAUAUUUGCAACGUUUUUUCUACGUUAAUUUUUUUUUUUUCGGUGUUUUUGUGUAAUGUGCAAAAAGCGCACAAGAAAUAAACGCCACGUUUGAAAAUGCAUGCAUAACGCAUAUAAAGUUCAAGGAAGUCCGAAAGGCCAACACAUGAUAUAAAUUAAGGAAAUUGGUGGUCGACAAACAAGUAAAGAAAAUUGGAAAAUUUCAUGUAGAGACUGAUAUUCGGUUUUGUGUGCAAUAUUUAUCUUUGCCAGAGCGGUGUAAUAUUUGUGUUCUAUUUGCCGCUGCCUGCUGCAUAAGCAAACAGGCAGCGUAAGCUGUCACCGACAUGGGCAGUGAGCACUACUGCUUGAGGUGGAACAAUUACCAAUCCAACCUGUUAGGGGUGUUUAGUCAAUUACUACAAGACGGGAGCCUGGUGGACGUCACACUAGUUUGUUCAGAGGGCACAUCCAUCAGAGCCCAUAAGGUGGUCCUCUCGGCUUGUUCCUCGUACUUCCAGAGCCUGUUCCUGGAGCACCCCGAAAGACAUCCAAUUGUGAUAUUGAAGGACGUCCGUUUUGCCGAGCUGCAAACCUUAGUUGAAUUCAUGUACAAGGGCGAGGUGAACGUGCAAUAUUGUCAGUUGUCCGCGCUGCUCAAGACAGCCGAAUCCCUCAAGGUCAAGGGCCUGGCCGAGAUGACGAACCAGAAUACGACGCUGCGCGAACCGGAACGGGAACCGGACCGCUUGCGUCCGCAGGGCGGCGGCGGCGGUAGCGGCGGAUCCGCUCACAAGGCGGCCGACAGUCCGGCGGCUGCACUCGAUGCCACAGCGGCCACACAGGCGGCGACUGCCACGGCAACGGCAACUGCCGCGGCGGCAACAUCGACCUCAACCUCAGCAACAUCUGCGGCAGCAACGGCAGCGGCAACAUCUGCAUCCACAACGGCAACAGCGGCGGCGGGGAGUAGUAGUAGUACAACAACUACAACGGCGGCAACAACAACAGCAACCUGUGCCACAGCAACAACAUCCACGGCAGCAACAUCCUCAUCAUCCUCGGUGACAUCAGCAGCAGCCGCAGCAGCAGCAGCAUCUGGUGUUGCACACUCAGAGGAGGCGACCUCGUCAUCAACGUCCACUGGCGGACAGAAGCGGGAGGCUAGCGAUCGCAGCAGUCCCACGCCCGCCAAACGUUCCUCGCGAUCGUCGCAUCCAACGGACAAGGAGGAUGUGGCAGAGGAUCGAGAUCGGGAUCGCGAACGGGAACAGGAGCAACACCAGGCGGACGAGCUGCUGAGCGGUGAGCUGCUCGGUCGCAACUUAAAGGACGAGGAGGAAGACGAUGUGGAGGAGGUGGAUGAGCUGGACGAGAACGAUGAGACGCUGCUGAGGGAGCGCGACGAGGACGAGGACGACGAGGAUGAGGAGGAGGACACGCCCAUGCCGCUGGAUCUCUAUCAAAGACCAAAUGUUGAGGCAAAAAGUGUCGCAGCAGCAGCAGCAGCGCAGCAGGGCGGCAGCAACAGUCUCAGCGGCAGCAGCAACACCUGCCACACCAACAGCACCAGCGGCAGCAACAACAAUAAUAACAACAACAACUCCAGCAGCAACAACAACAACAACAACAACAACAAUACUAGCAGUGGGAAAACCUCAGCGGCCAGCAAUGGCGGUACAACGACAUCCGGCGGCACAGCGGACUCCGUGGUUGCGGUGGAUGACGAUGAUGACGACGAUGGUGAUCACCACCAUCAGCGACAGGUGAUUAACGAUCGAUUGGUGCAGGAUGUGGACGAGGAAGAUAUGGACGAUGAUGUCGUCGUGGUGGGCCCUGCCACCGCAAUGGCUAGGGGCAUUGCCCAGCGGCUGGCCCACCACAAUAUGCAGCGUCUGCAACACACGCACCACCAUGCGCCGCACCACCAGCACACGCAGCACCAUCACCAGCAACAGCACCACCAUACGCCGCACCAUCAGCAGCAUCAUACGCACUCGGAUGACGAGGAUGCCAUGCCCGUGAUUGCCAAGAGCGAGAUCCUUGACGAUGACUAUGACGAUGAGAUGGAUCUAGACGAUGACGAUGAGGCGGAUAACAGCAGCAACGAUUUGGGUCUCAACAUGAAGAUGAGCAGCGGUGCGGGCGGUGGCGUCGAUCUGUCCACCGGCUCCACAUUGAUACCCUCGCCAUUGAUCACCAUGCCAUCCUCAUCGGCGGUGGCGGCGGCGGCAGCUGCAGCAGCAGCCAUGGAAUCGCAGCGCUCCACGCCGGCCAUGUCAGCGGCCCAGGCAGCUGGAGCGGGCGCUUCGGACCUCAGUAUUGGUGGCUCCGGCGGUCGACCGGCGUCCAGGAGCUCACGCGACGGCGGCGGCAACGAUGGCGGCCGCGGAGGAGCAUCCUCCUCCAGCCUGCUGAGCCCGGGAACUGUGGCCAAUCUGCUGCCCGUGCAAUCGGUGCCAUUGAGUCUCAAGAAGGAGAUCGAUUGCAGCGAGGACGACAACAGCAGUCACAGCAGACACAUGCAACAGCGUUCGGCAUCAGCUGGCGGCGGCCUGGGCGGCGACCUUGACUACCGCGCCUCCCACGAGUCGCUGCUCCGCAACUUCAGCUCCCCAAUGAGCGCCAUGGCCGCCAGUCGCUGCCCCACACCCUUCGCCUUCCCCUUCUCGCCACUCGGCCUGAGCCUCUUCGACAUCGAUCCGUCCAGAAUUCUCAGCCUGCUGCACCACCAAACCUGGUUGGCAGAGGAGGCCCUCAGGACACGUGGCCUGUUGGCGGCGCCAAAGGACUUUCCGCACCGCUUCACCACCCUCAGCGACCUGCUGACCAAGGACUACCAGCCGAUGGUCACGGCCACGGCGACGGCGACCACCGCGUCCUCGACCAGUCAGGUGAGUGGCAGCCGUUCCGGCGACACUCCCUACAAGCACGCACAGCAACCGCAGCAACCUCAAGGAUCUGGUGUCGCUGCUCUCGGUGGCAGCCAGGCGACAGGAGCAUCAUUCAAUCUGCGCUAUCCCACGCCCACCGCCUUCUACCAGCAGCAACAGCAGCAACAGCAGCAGCAGCAGCAGGGUAAGGGUGCCAAGUCGUCGCCUUCGCCGCAGCAAAUGGCCACCAGCUCCACGACGGUCAUGUCCAACGAUUCUGGUGAGGAUAGCUGCAAGCGCAGCUCGGCGGACAGCGAUGAGGUGACCAUCAUGGAGCUGCCCAGCGAACGCAGUGCCCAGCUGUACAAGGAGUCGCUGGAGCAGCUGCUGCAGCGCCAGCGUCGCACACCCAUCCUGGCCGGUACGGGAUCUGGUUCGGGUUCGGUCACAGGAUCGGGAUCGGGAUCGGGAUCGGGAUCGGGCAGUGUUAUUGUUGAUGCCGCCGGCCUGAGGCAGUAUACCCAACUGUUGUUGGCUGGCGCCGCUGGGAGUGGUGUUUCCGAUCUGAAGGAGAAGAGCUCCUCGUCGUCCACCUCGUCCACGCCACCACUGCUGACGCAGCAGCUCAGCCAGAUGCUAAAGAGUCCCUCGGACACAUGCUCCUCGCUGUUCAGCUCCUCGGGUGGCGGCACAGGAUCGGCCGGCACGGUUGGCAUCACCGGCGAGACCAUCGAGGAGGAGACCCGCUGUGUGGUGUGCAAUGCGCACUUUCCGAACGUUUGGCUGCUGGAGCAGCACGCCGCCCUGCAACAUCCCCAUGUGGGACCCGGCGAGGAGAAGCCCUUCAUCUGCGAGCAGUGCGGCCAGUCGUAUCGCUAUCGCAGUGCCUACGCCAAGCACAAGGAGCAGAAUCAUCGGGCUCGUCUGCCCGCCGACAAGCUCUUCACCUGCGACGUGUGCGGCAUGCAGUUCCGCUACCUGAAGAGCUUCAAGAAGCAUCGCCUCAACCACGCCCUCGAGCGGCUCCAUGGCAAGAAGAGUGUCGGUGUGAUUGGACGACUGGGCGGUUCCGGUUCCGGUACGGGACCGGGUUCCUCGUCGAUGUCCGUCUCGGUGGCGGCGCCCGCUUCUGUGUCCGCCUCGGGUUCGGUGACCUCGGUGGAUCAGGAUGUGGUCACCAGCUCGCAGGAGCCCAUGCUGGCCGACGAGGGCGAGGAUCUGCGGGUGAAUGUGAAGCGGGAGGGUGGCUCCGAUGAGCUGGGCGCCGAGUCGCGGGCCAACGACAUCGAGGAGCACGAACAGGACAACACCGUCGACUCCGCGGGCAUCACGAUGCUCUACCAGGACAACAACUCCUCGGCCUCGGCCUCCACCAGCGCCACCGAGCCGAACAUUAGCAGCUCCGACGGCAUUCAUAGUACAAACAAGCGGUCGCGCAUGCACCACUUGGAAACGGAUCCCUCCUACCCACACCACCAUCACCACCACCACCACCAUCACCAUCAGCAGCAUCAGCAUCAGCAGCACCACCAGCCGCAGCAGCACCAACAGCACCACAAUCCGCAGUCGCAGUCACAGUCGCUGCCGAGCCACUUGGGUCACGUUUCACUGCCACUGGUGGCCACCUCGGCCGCCGGCUCCUCAUCCUCGGCGGCAGCCGCUGCCGUUGUGGCCGCUGCCCAGGCGCAGGCCAGUUCCGGCGGCAGCGGAAGCGGCGCAACCGCAAGCGGUGCACCUGGCAGCGGCAGCGUUGGCUCCGCAGGCAGCUCAGCUGCAGGCGGCGGCGGAGGCGGCGGCAUCAGUUCCCUCAGCUCGCUCACCUCCCUGAUCAACGCCGAGCGCAUUCCGAACGAGCAGUUCCUGGGACUCAAUCCGCAGGAGGCCUCCAUACUCAACUUCUUGCGCGUGGACGCCGCCGAGCGACAGAGGGACAAGCGACCUGCCACCUCGCGAUUCGCGUGCCCCUUUUGCGGCAAGUGUGUGCGCUCCAAGGAGAAUCUGAAGCUGCACGUGCGCAAGCACACCGGCGAAAGGCCGUUCGUGUGCCUCUUCUGCGGCCGCGCGUUCGGUGGCAAGUCGGACCUCACCCGCCACCUGAGGAUCCACACCGGGGAGAGGCCGUACCACUGCGAGUCGUGCGGCAAGUGCUUCGCACGGGCGGACUACCUAUCGAAGCACCUGACCACCCACAUCCACAAUGCGCCGCGCUGAGAUGAGGCGCGUAGGAGACGGCUCCUACGCAGAUAAGGAACCAGCUCCAGGAUCAGCCACACUCACACACACACAACACACACAAACACACACACACUAAAUACAGGAUGUAGUGAAGCCUAUGUAUAAAUCCAAUUAUUAACAGAAGCUCUACGUUAAGAUCGAUGUAACCCACACAUUUGUUCGCAAAUGAAUUUUUUUUUUUUUUUUCUUUGUGUGGUGCAAGCUAGAGAAAAACAAAAUUAAGGGCAACUAAUUAGCACGGGUAUUAAAGUGUUUAAGAUUCUGCAUAUACACCUAUCUCUCUAACAAAAAAAAAACAUAUAAAUAUUAUGUGUGAGUAGGGCGAUUAUAAGACGAUUAUAAUUACGGAUUAUAAUUAUUAACGUAGCACAAGGAUUAAGUUUUUUUUCUCCAACUAUGAUUAAGUGCAGAUGCGUACGAAAGGCGACUUGGUUCUGUGAGACAAAUUAUUUUAAACACAUUUUACGAAACAGCCACAAAACAAAUAGCAUCAGACAUUGCAAUACCAAUACCAAUAACAAUACCAAUUAAACAAAAUAGUCUGUAUUUUCUACCGAAACAAAUGGAAUGGAGAAGCAGCAUCUGCCGUUGAUAUACACAAUAGAUAAAAUAUAUUUAAUUUUACACCGAUCUAUAGAAGCUAACUAGCAACAAUUUGUACAAAACUAAGUAAAAAACCAAGCAAACUUUGCAAGGAUCAAUGCAAUAACUAAGUAAACUCUGUUACCUACCACAGAAAACAAUAAGCGAUAUGGGAUUUUAGUUAUGGGAACUAAGCCAACCACUAAUUACUGUGUACUACUGUGUAAAACAAUGUUUCAACGAUGCAAGUGCAAGCAUUAUUUAUUUUUCGGUUCACCGAUCUACGUAUAUACUACAACAUAUAUGUUCAAAAUGGAGGCGUAGUUGGUUUAUAGGAUUAUUGUAAAGCUAGGAGAUACGAAUGGGAUCUACCACCGUCAAUAGUUUAAUUUAUAUACAAAACAAAACAAAAUAAAACAAAUCAAAUCAAAGCGAAGCGAAGCGCAGCAAGGCAAAUCAAAACUAAAAACAAACAUAGCAACAAUUAACAAUUAACAAUUACCAAUAGCAAUUACAAUUUAAACUGCAACUGCAAACUGCAACUACAACAACACAAAACUAACUGUGAUCACAACAAGAAAGCAACAUUGAAGUUUUAACUAACCUACAAACAAAAGCUAAACAGGCAAGCAUAGUUUAUAGCGAUGGCAACCAUGGCAAGCAAUAGAGAAACUGGACGGUGCUGGCAACCCUGCAGCUGCUGCAUCGUCCAUCCGCUGGAAACGAAAUGUGCAAUUAAACAAUAAAAACAAUAAACUAGGGAAAGUCCAAACAUGAUUUCUCAACCGAUAUUUGCUUCAUUUUUAACAACUUAGUUUAGCAGACACACACACACACACAAACAGGAAAAUCAAAAAACAAAAACAAACAACCUUGAACCAAGAACAUCGAAUUAAAGUGUAAAAAAAAAGAAAAAUGAAGAAAUGAAUCCAAAAAACUCAAAUGCGUAGAGGAGUAGAAUUCAAAGUUUUUUGUAUUUAAUAAAUGUCUAACGCAAUAAGAAGAGAGUAAUGGGAAUUGCCGUACCAAAAAGAAGAAAAAGUGGAAAGUAAAAUAAACAAACACACUGAGAACAAAUCAAAGUAAAGUGGUAGAAGUAAAGUAAAUGAAAACUUUCACUGUGCCAAAAAGUUUCAAGUACCUCAUAAUUUAACUAAAUAUUAAAGAGAAGCAACUAAACCACACCGAAAACAGCCCACACAAUCCACACAAGCAGUCCACACACGAUCCACACGAUCCACAUACCCCAAAUAAUAAUUAUACAAACAUACAAUGCAUACAUACAUAUGUAUAUCCCGUAACGAAAUGAGUCUAGACAGGAAUUGUCAAAGCGUAUGAUUACAUAGAAGCUGAAAGCUGAAAGCGAAGCGUUAACUAAUCCUAAUUUACCAACCGGAGAGGGCUAGAGAAUAGUUAGUUAGAUAGAGAUAGAGAUAGGGAUAGCGAUAGACCUAGAGAUAGGGACGGAUAUAGAAUAGAGACAGAGACAGAGAGAGAUGGCGAUAGCAAGAGAGAGCGAGACAGAUAGAAGCCGAUUCAGCGCAUGUGGAGAUCUACCAUCCAAAGGGGAUCCACACGUAUCGUAUAUCGUAUAUCGUAUAUUGUAUAUCGCAUUAUCGUAUAUGAUGGGAUCCCCGAUUUUCGAUUAUUUUUUGUAAUUUAUUUAUGCUCCAGCAAACACAGUUCUGCCUACAAUUUCUCUCCAAACUUAAGUGUUCAAUCUUAGCGAAUAUGUAUGUAUAUAUAUUUGCCUUGGAAUGUAUAUGAUUAUGUGAUAGUUUAACUAAUUAACUGCACCCCUUGAGUUAUGCCUUUUUAGCAACAACCAUACAUACUUUGCCUAACUAAAAUACCUUGAUUGUAGCGAAAAGACAACAAAUCACUUGAUUUUCUUGAUACAUAUGCAUAUAUGCAUACAAAGUAUAAGUAAGUUUUUUCAAUUUCAAUUGUGUCAGUAUGUGAACCGUCAAAGAUCAGGGCCUCUAGCAAAUGUUAUAGUUUUAGUUCAUUAUUAUUAUUAUUAUUAUUGAUAAUCUGAUGUGAAUUUUUGAGUGAAACUUAUUAUAGAAUCACCAACUUUUGGUUCUCGAUUUCUCUUUGAAUUACUAUUUAUUUCCCAACUACAACUACACUGCAACUGCAACAACAAACAAAAAUCAAACACUGCCUUUUGUAAACACACAAAAAAAAAACCAGCAAGUAUAAUGCAAAAUUUGUAAUCUUACUUUUUUAAGUUACGCUUUUUUUUUAAAUUUUAAUUUUAGAUUUUUUAUGUUCACAUCACAAAUGCCGAUAAUCCAUUUGAAAAACUCUAUUUUACUUUACUCCUAUUUUUCCAAGCUCUACAUUAAGUUUUUAAGCACAAUAACUAUUACAAUAACAACAAAAACAACAACAACAAGCUGUGAGCUGUGUAUGUGAAUGAAUUAUUUGUAUGAAUAUUACUACAGUUAUGACACUCUUAUUAUUAUCAAAUUUUUUUUGGAAACACUUAUUAUUUUGGAAUUAUUAUUUGAUAGUAUUUAUUAAUAAAGUUUUUUGCAACGAACACAUUAUUAUUAUAAUUGUUUGACCACCUCGGGCACAUCCGUCGAUAUGAAACCAUCCGUCGAUUUUCACUUCCUUUGGUUGACCAACCCACUAUUUUGUAUGUUUAUAGUUGAAAAGUUGAAAAUGCGCCUUAAAUGAAUUUUAGGAAACUAAGGUAAGACAAGUAAGUGGAGGGGGAAAACGAAAUGUGUCAUAAAUACUCCAUUUCGGUAAGAUACAAAGCGUUUAAUGUAAUUAAGAAACCCCAAAAAAAAAUGGAAAGCAAUAUUAACAGAAUUAAUGAAAACCAGUAAAGCUAAAGUAAUUUUUUCUUAGGUGUGCGUGUGCAAGUAAAUGUUAAUGAGUAAUAACAAAAAAAAAAAGGAAAACUAUUAAAACCAUAAAAUGCAAAAUAAUCACCAUCAAAAUUAAGGCGAAAUUUAAUUGAAUAGCGAGUACUGGAAUUUUUUUGUGAAUGUGCAAAGCGGGAGGAGAUGAAAAAUUGAUUUUAAGCCAAAAAAAAAUUGGAGGGAUUUAAGACUCUUAUUUCGUAUAUACAUACAUAUACCUAUAUUACAAAUUUACCACGUAGGCAGUUUUUUUAAGGCAUUGACAACAUGCAGGAAAAUACGUGUAACAGAAAAUUACAUUACAAAAUUCGACAACGAAAACUUUUGGCAUUACAAAUUAAUGCAUUUUUAAAUACAAUAUUUAUUGAUAUACCUAGACUUAAAGCGCAGCAACAACAACCAGGCGAAAGCGAAGAAAAAUUCCAAAUAAGACGGAAACGGAUAGAAACAAAAAAAAAAAACAAAAACAAAACAAAAAACAUAAGAAAGAAAUCCAAAUAUUAUACAUAGAAUAUAUCUAUAUACAGAUACAUAAAUGUACACGUGGUUUUCGGUGUCUAUUACUUAUAUAAAUAGAUAUAUAUACAUACAUUAUAUACAAACAUCAUAUUAUAUACACAUGACGUGCAUAUUUUGAAACAAGAAAAAAACCAGAACCCACAAAAGCCCAAAAAAAUAAAUAUAAAUGUUGUUCAUUUGACUAAUACGCGGAAGCAACUCAACCAAACAAAAAUAUAUUCUAGCAUAUAUGUAAAAACAAAAACUAAUGGUAUUCCACUCCCACAUUGAUACACUCACUCACCACCAGGGACACCCAAAAUAGGGACAUUAGUGCAUUUACCUCUGUUUACUUCAUAUUUUCAUACAUGGUUUUAUUAUCAUGGAUUUCGUAAAUGCAUUAUAUAUACUGUUUAUCCGGCCGCAAAUCCUAGCAUAAUUAAAGAAAAACUCCUUUUGCAAGCUUUAUUAUCCUGUUUCAAACCGCAUCAGUUACUUCAGCUUGGGUGUCCCCAAAUCAUUUAGCAAAUACAUGAAAGUUUUAAACGUAAUAAUACAAUUUAACAAAAAUAAAACUACGAUUUCAUGAAAUUAAGACAAUUUCAAGGUUUCACUUGCAAAAAAAAAAGAAAGUAAAAGAAAAACGAAAAAGGAAAAUGCAUACCCAUAUAACAAUGUUCUAUAUUGUAGUCAAAAUCAUUUGAAUCAGUUUUGGAUACACUUUGAUUUAGUGUUGAGCAAAAUGAAAUGAAAUGAAACGACACUUUCGUUACGAUGAACAACAAUUUUAACUUGUCUAAAACCAAUUAAAUUGUUAACAGCAACUAACUCAUGUAUGUAAAUACAUUAAAUGGAUACCAUCUCAAAAAAGGAAAACCACAAAAUAUACAAAAAACAAAGGCGAUUGCAAAAACGAAAACGAAAAUGAAAGAUUGAAGAUGGAAGAUGGAUAGCAGAAGCAUAAUAAACAUAAAAUGUAGUACAUGCAAUAUAUUUUUCGGUGUUAGGCGUCUUUUUGAGAUUUUUACAGAAUACCAGACAAAAAAAGUCCCUCAAACAAAAUCUAUAAUAAAAGUAUAAUAUUUCAUUGUUGAUGUUGUGAGCAAACUAAAGGAAACUAAACCAAACCAAACCAAAUCAAACCAAACUAAAGUAAAUUGUAUUUAUUUCUCCUACUCUCUCAACAGUCUCUCUCACCUAAGCUCUAAACUUUAGCUGUCGUGUCUCUUUAAAUAUUUAUAGGGGUUUAUAAGGUUUAUAAGUCGUAGGAGAUGGAGAUACAUUUUUUUUUUUUUAUAUAUACAUAAACAAACAAGCGAUUCGGUGUCUACAAAUUAUACGAAACCUAAGAUGCAACUAAGGAAAACAUUUUUAGAUCAAAUUCGAGUGGUUAAACGCAGUUGAAUGGCUGGAGUUGAGAAGUGGAGUGGCUGGAGUGGCAAUUUGCGAAUGGGUGGAAAUACUUAGCAAUAAUUCUGAAAUGACCUCAAUCAAAUAUUUUUUAAAUUUUAUAUAUUUUAGUCGUGCAAAAGGAAAACCUAAAUGUGUAAAUAAAAACUUUAAAUACAUACAAAUCGAAAUAGCAAAAUAAACAAAAUGUAAAACAAAAACAAAACAAAACAAACUAACUAAAAAAAAAACACAUAAAAAUGUCUCUCGAACGAACGAAGAAAGAAUGUGAUAUUUUUCUAAGGUGUACUACAAAACAAAAUGAUGAAAACAAAAAUCAAAGAUGCAACAAUUCGAAUAAAAUAUUUAACACUUUUACUGAGAACCAGAAAUAGAGCAAGCCCACAUAAAAUAGAACAAAUUGCAAUAGAGACUGAUUUUUGACAUCAUCUCAUCGACAUUUUCACCAAUUCACCAAUUCACCAAUUACGAAUACGAACAUUGUCAUCAAACCCAACAACUUUUACUGCAGUUACAUUUUUGAAUAGUGAAAAAAAACUGGUUAAAUGGCUCCAUUGAUUUUCCAGUCUGCAAGGACGAAGUGAAUUAUUUCCUAGCAUGGUUUUUUGCUCCAAAUCGCAUGGGGUAAUUAUAUUUUCCACUUCAAAGUAGGGGCUAUAGAUCCAUUUGAGUUCUUCGAUUGCACAGGAGAGUAGGGGAGUAUAUGGAAGUAUGGGUGUGAAAGGUGCGGAAUUAAUGGAACCAAUUCGGGACGCAUUGCGUCAAGGUCACGGUCAAGGUUAAGGUUUACAGAUGCGACUUACAAGCAAUGUUAGUGUAGGCGUGGCAGGGCGUGGCUGGGCGUGGCUGGGCGUGGCAGGGUUGGGUGCAUUCGCACAGAGUUGUAAUUAUUUUUGUGAUAAAAUCCGAAGCGCAAUUUUUUUCUCCAACUGUAUGGUAGGUUAGAGGUCUGUACAUAGGCGGGGGGCUAAGAGGGAGAGAGAGAAAUGGGGAGAGAGGGGGGCCAGAGGUCAGGGGUAAGGGGUCAGGCGGGUUGAGAGUAUGUUUAUGAAGGUGCUACGAACAAAGACGUAAUUGAAAAUGUGAUACAGUUUUUUCCUUAACCUAUUUAUUGAACGGAGCAGGGGACGGAAACGGAAAUGGAACGGAAACGGGAACGGAAGCGGAAACAGAAACACAAGCAGAAAAACGGAACGAUAACGGAAGCGGAAGGAGCUUAGCAAUAUGCUUUACAAGCAAACAGAUUUCUAUUCCACAGUUUUAAUGGUUUUUUACGGCAAAUGUGAACGGAACGGAAAGUGUAGUGGGAUAUUUUAUUCGGUUCAUUUCAACCUUACUUCGUUGACACAGAAAAUCGAGACACCACAGAGAAAAAGAAAAACAAACCGCAACCACAACAAAAACGAAAACGAAAACAAAAAACAAAAAUCAAACAGCAGAAAAAGGGCAAGAGAUGUAUUGGGGAAAAUUGUAAAAAAUUUACACUUUAGGAAAAUCUCUAAAUUUUAAGCUUUCGGUGUUUUUAAACCAAACAUAAAAUUAACAAAAAAAGCAAAAACGGAAAAGGAAAUGCAAAUGCGCAAAAAAAAAAUACAAUAAACAAUGGAAAACGUAUGAAAUUAACAAGAAGAAAACAAAAAUUAGCGAAAACACACGAAAAAUUUAUAUAUAUACAUAUAUAUUUCGAUAUUUAAAACUUCAUUCGGAAAGAAAAGCAAAAAAAACAUUAACAAUUUUGAGCAAACUCUCGGUGUUUUAAAAUUAAGCGCAUGCAAAACCACAUUACACUAAACAAUUAACUAAACCCAGAGUAAACAAAAUAAUAAGUUAAGCAAACAGACGUAAACCAAAAACAAAAACCUCUUUCACUUUCGUGUCUUUGACUUAAAACCAAAAAAAAACUAAAGCGACAAAAUAAGCAGAAAAAAAACCAAAAACAAAAAAUAUUAAGCAUAUUUUUAAAAUGUAAUUUAGCACAAAACCAAAACAAGACAAAAACGAAAACGAAAAAAAAAACUAAAACAAAAACAAAGCGAAAACGCAAAAAAGAAAACACAAUUUUUAAACUACCAACGUAUUGAUGUGUAUUUGAUAACAAAAUCAAAAUUGUAAUGAAUUGAACAGGACAUAAAUGGAAAACCAAAACAAUUUGAAAUGAAACUAAUCAAAUUAAACAAACCAUUUUUUUCACAUCUCUCAGAUAUUUUGAAUCUUACGUUUUUCGGUUUCGAAUUCAAAUCUUGCGUUGAGAACGAUUAUGAAGGAAAACUUUUACAAAACUACGAAAUGCAAUGCCUGCCAAAGAAUUAAUGUUUUUAAUGCGAAAUGCAAAGGGAAACGAUAAACAAAUAUUACUUAUAUGCAACCAAAAACCAACAACAACAAAAGUUCAAUAAAGCCGUUCCAACAAAAUGAAACCACGUAAAAACUGAGAACAAAAAAAAAACAAGCAACAAAAAUCAAACUUGUUCGGAGAUCUUUUGCGUUUCCUUAUACAAAGACAUUUACGAUGACUAGAAACCAAAAAAAAAAACAAAACAAAACAUAAAAAUAAAAAAUCUAAAUGAAAACUACUGAAACACGAAAAUUUUUUUUUUUUGCCACUCAAUUAAUGAAUGCAAAAAUUAAAUGUGAAAAUCAAGAAAAACUAUUUGUCGUGUACAAGUAAACUUAUUUGUAUUCCACUAGUAAAGUGACAUGUUUAUUGGUUUUAUUUUAAAACAAAACAAAACACCACCAUUUUUAUGCAUUACAUUAUAAAAAGAAACAACAAGCAAAUAAAAUACAUUAAAAAAAGGC